AACUCUUCAUUGCACCCACAACUUCCCAACCGUCAUUCUUUUCUCUCUACUCUUUCAUACCAAAGCCAUGGCCCUAAACCCAAACUCAAAAACCUCCCCACUCUUCCACCUCCUCCUCUUCUUAUUAGGUAACAUGGCAUCUGCCACAGUGUUUACCAUCCGAAACCAAUGCAGUUACACAAUUUGGCCCGGUACACUUUCCGGCAACGGCGCCGCCAUUCUCGGCAGCGGAGGUUUUUCUCUGGCGCCGGGCGCGUCCGUUCAGCUCACCGCACCGUCGGGUUGGUCCGGCCGCUUCUGGGCGAGGACGGGGUGCAACUUCGACGGCGCCGGAAACGGACAAUGCGCCACCGGAGAUUGCGCCGGAGGACUGAGAUGCACCGGAGGAGGUGUGCCGCCGGUGACGCUAGCGGAAUUUACGAUCGGUAGCAGCGGUAACGGCAAUAAAGAUUUUUACGACGUGAGUCUUGUGGACGGUUACAAUGUGGAAAUGGGGGUAAGGGCUACCGGAGGAACCGGUGAUUGCCAGUACGCAGGGUGCGUUGCGGAUUUGAACGGUUUAUGUCCGGCGGAGUUGCAAGUGAGAAGCGGUGGCGGUGCGGUGGUGGCGUGCAAGAGCGCGUGUGCGGCUUUUAAUAGGGCGGAGUUUUGCUGUACCGGCGAGCACUCGUCGCCGCAGACAUGUUCGCCGACACAAUAUUCGGAAAUGUUUAAGAAGGCGUGUCCCAGUGCGUAUAGUUACGCUUACGAUGAUGCUUCGAGCACUUGCACGUGUUCUGGCGCCGAUUAUAGUAUCACUUUUUGCCCUGCGGGAUCCUCCACUCGUCAUUAA